ACAACUCCCAGCGAGCAGCAGCGGCGCGGCCCUGGGCUCGGCGGAGGCUCUCCGGCGGCCACCCGGAGCGCGGAGGCGUCCAGGGCGCCCGGGGCCCAGCGUGCAGGAGCCGGCCGCGGCGCCGGAUGCAGCGACGCCCCGCCGGACCGCCCCGUCUAGUCGCCGGCACCGCUGGCCCGAGCCCGAGGAGGGGCCGCCGCUGGCCAUGGCCCGCACGCCGCCGCUGCUGCUGCUGCUGCUGCUGCUGCUGGUGCUGUGCGCGGCGUCCGGCGGGCGGCCCGACGGGCUGCGGCUGCCCCUGCGCGGGGGCGGCGGGGGUCGCGGGGCUGCGGCGCAGGAGGGCCGGGCGCGGCGGGCGGCGGGGGCGGAGGGCCCUGUGGAGCAGGGCCGCCCGCGGAGCAGCUUCGUGGGCAUGAUCGACAACUUGCGGGGCAAGUCCGGCCAAGGCUACUACGUGGAGAUGACGGUGGGCAGCCCGCCCCAGAAGUUGAAUAUUCUGGUGGACACGGGGAGCAGUAACUUUGCCGUGGGUGCAGCCCCACACCCCUUCUUGAAGCGGUACUAUCGGCACCAGCUCUCCAGUACCUUCCGGGACCUGCGGAAGGGGGUCUAUGUGCCAUACACUCAAGGGAAGUGGGAAGGAGAACUCGGCACUGACCUGGUCACCAUUCCACAUGGCCCGAAUGUCACGGUCCGGGCGAACAUCGCUGCCAUCACAGAGUCAGACAAGUUUUUCAUCAACGGCUCCAACUGGGAAGGGAUCCUGGGCUUGGCGUAUGCGGAGAUUGCCCGGCCAGAUGACACGCUGGAGCCCUUCUUUGACUCGCUGGUGAAGCAGACGCGGGUGCCCAAUGUCUUCUCCCUGCAACUGUGUGGGGCUGGUUUCCCACCCAAUAACUCCGAGGCCCUGGCCACUGUGGGGGGCAGCAUGAUCAUUGGGGGGAUCGAUACCUCUCUCUAUACGGGCAGCCUCUGGUACACACCGGUGCGGAAGGAAUGGUACUAUGAAGUGGUCAUCGUGAAGAUGGAGAUCAAUGGGCAGGACCUCCGCCUGGACUGCAAGGAGUAUAACUACGACAAGAGCAUCGUGGACAGCGGAACCACCAACCUUCGGCUGCCCAAGAAGGUCUUUGAGGCAGCCGUGAAAUCCAUCAAGACUGCCUCUGCGACAGAGAAGUUUCCUGACGGCUUCUGGCUGGGGGAGCAGCUGGUCUGCUGGCAAAUGGGCACUACCCCGUGGCAUAUCUUCCCAGUUAUCUCCCUGUACCUGAAGGGCGAGACCACCAACCAGUCCUUCCGGAUCAGCAUUCUGCCCCAGCAAUACCUGCGGCCGGUGGAGGACGUGGCCACCUCUCAGGACGAAUGCUACAAGUUUGCCAUCUCAAGAAUGCGAAGUUGGCUCAUGGAGGGCUUCUACUGCCAUCUUGGAUCGCGUGCCUCUCGGGCGAGGCGAAAUGUCGGCUUUGCCGUCAGCUCCUGCCAUGUUCAUGAUGAGUUCCGGACAGCCACCGUGGAUGGGCCCUUCCUGCACCCCAACAUCGAGGACUGCGGCUACAACAUUCCCCAGACGGACGAGUCCACGCUGAUGACCAUCGCCUACGUCAUGGCCGCGAUCUGCGCCCUCUUCAUGCUGCCGCUCUGCCUCAUGGUCUCACAGUGGCGCUGCCUGCGCUGCUUGCGCCGCAGCCACGACGACUUUGCGGACGACAUCUCCUUGCUCAAGUGAGCGGUGCCCACGCCAGCCUGUGGAGGCAGAGAGGUGGGCUGCGUGGAGAGCAAGAGACUCCCCCCCUCAGCUGGAGGGGCCUUGGUCUCUGUGGAAGGGGGACGGUGCAACGCCCAGCCAAAGCAGGGCCUGGCACACAGCUAGCCGACCAGGCCCCCCAGUUCCACAAGAAAGGCGUCCUUCCCCCCCACCAGGGAGGGAGCGGCCACAGACAAAGACACUGUUCUCCUGCCCUGCUGGAAAAAAGCGCCAUAGUGGGCCAGAGGCUGGCUUCGCUGGCCCGGGGAGUGUGUGCGGGGGGCGUCUUGUCUGCUUGCUUUAUCCUCCUCCCCCGGUGGGUGCUGCUCUGGCUUCACGUGGGCUCGUGCCACAAAGGGCUUUCUGCAAAGAGCUGUGUUGCUUCUGUGGGCCCCGCAGGGGUCGCUGUGGGUUUUGUGUGCGUGUGUAUUUAUAAAAGGGCAAGCGUAGAGGCCAUUCCCCACUUUGGGGGCUGGGCUGGGCUGGGCUGGGCUGGGCUGGGCUGGGCACUGCUGGCAUGCCCGGGGAGGGGAGGAGCCACUUCUCUCCAAGGAAGGCAGAGCUCAAGGUCCUGGAGUUUGCUUUGUGGGGCUAAGGCAGCGCCCACCUUCCCCCACCCCUCUCACUGGUGGUGAGCUGGCCAAGGCAGGAAGGCCUGUGAGUCUCGCGGAGGGGUGUGUGUGGGGGGCUUGAGGACCAUCUUGAUCACAGCUUUUACAGGCAGGUAGGUCAGCCCGUGGGGACGCUCCCUUCCAGGCUGCUUGGGGCUGCCGGUGCUUGCAGGAGCCGCUGCUUCCGGUCAUUCUGUGGGUGUCUGCAUGGAGCUCUUCAUCUGGCAGACCAUUAGAGCCGGUUCUAGCCUCCUGGCCAGCUCUGCUGUGAAAGGAAGAGGGCAGCUAGCCCCACUCUGCCCUGGGCUUCGGGCUUUGCACUUCAGGGGCUCCACUGGGCUUAGCCUCCACUUUCCAAUUUUUCUGGCCCAGAGGAGCUUUGCUGGUGCCAUCUCUGUGCAGCUUAUGGCUGGAGGGAAACUGUAAUCGGUUCUCAGCCUGCAGAUGAGUGGAUGGACCCCCCCCCGCCCCGCCCCCCCCCCCCCACACACACACUGCCUCUCCCAGUCUUUAGAGGCUGCCAGCUGCCUCAGGCGAAGGCCAGGACUGCCCCUAGCACCUCCAGGGAGCCCUUUGGCCUCAGUGGAAAGGCUGCUGGCUCAGGCUGUUCCCUCCCUCCCUACACCCACCCACCCCACAAGGAACAGGCCCAGCUGCUCAAGCCGGCUGGCAACAGCUAGCAUGGUCCAGGCUGCUGUUGAGCGUAGUGUGCCAUCUCUCUGGUGGCAGGGGCUGGCCACAGCACAUCAAAGAAUGGAAGGGUGUCUGCAGGGCUAAUGGAACCUAGCAAAGCUCUUUGAGGAGUCGGGGGCCAGGUGCUCCUGCCUCUGUCUGGGGAUGAGCGCUCGGGGCCAGUUCUUUUGCAGCCAGCCAGCCAGCCACAACAGCACCGGUGACCACGUAGAAGUCAACCAAAGCACCCAAGGCGGCAGGGAGGCUGCUUAGUCACACUGUCCCACAUACCUCCUCCCCCCUCCCCAGGUAGUGGAGGGAGGGUCUGCCUAAACAGAAUGCACAAGCUGGAUUUUGGCAAGCAUAGCCCGGCCCCCAAGUGCCCCCACCCUUGCUCAGAGGCUGUGGUCCUUGGGCCAUUUCCCCUGAGCUGCUCUCUUGCCGUGUUCCCUGUACAAGAUGCUGUAAAUAUUUGCAACAUUAGCCUUUCGCUGCCCGGGUGGUUUCCAUCUUAAGCGAGGGAUGAGGAGCCAGACAAUCUUUUUAGGAUUUUUUAAAAAAUAACUGCCUGGUUUUCAAUAUUAUGUUCUUCAGCCUGGAAUGGCCGCCAAGCGGAUGUGGGCGGGGGCAGGGGAUGGGAUAGGAGCCCGGGAUGCACUUUACGGGUUGGGUGCUGGAUGAGGUUCUCUCCCAUCCUGUCCCUGGUGACCUGGAUGGGUUGCUCCUCAGGAGAAAAGCUGCUGCGGCUGCUGCUGCCUUUAGCACACCUCAGCCCUUUCAGAACGUAACGUGUGUUUACAGUUAGGGCCCGCCCUUCUUUCGCCCGACUCCAGCAGUCUGUCUUGAUUUUCUCAAUCUGGUUACUCCUUCAGUAGGACCUGCACUUCAGGCGUUGCCUCUCAGGCUUUGAAGAGGCGGCAGCAGCCCUUGACUGAAAAUCACGACUGUCAUGGCAGGGCGGUGGCCCUCCAGCCGGGGCCUUCUGCCACCCUGACCCAGGUCCAGCAUCCCAGGCUGCCGGGCAACUCUGGCAACGAAAGAUGAACCAACAGAAGCUGGGCUGUUUGGCCUUCUGAAGCAGUUCAUGUCGUUGCAAAGGGGACGCUGGGGGUCCUCCCUGCCUGUAUUUUUAGGAGAAACGUUUGCAGAUUGCAGGACUUGAGCAAAGCUGUUCAUGAUAGGACAUUUUGGAAAUCAUUCAUUCAACUUGACAGCACUUAACACACUCACAGAGGUACUUUGGCCAAAGAAGGCUGAGAGCUGGACAGCAUGAGGAGCAGCUCUGAGCUGCAGAUUUUUGUGUACAAAAGCAGCAGGCCACAAUUCUGUGCACAACUGAGAGAGGCAACGGCUUGACAAGCCUACAAGAUAUUUUCAAAAAAUCUAGAGUGGAGGCCCUGAUUGGAAAGUUGGAAAAAUGGGACUUUGAAGGGUCACGCAAGGAGGAGACCAAACCCCAGACUCUGCCCCUGCAGCUGGUGAAAGAUGCCCCAGCCAGAGCCUCCCGUGCCUGGGUCCGCUGCUUCCGGGGCUCCCACAGAGGGGGUGGGGACAUCAGCUCACUCACCAGCUGCAGCUUGUGAAGGACUACUUGCCAAGGUGGUCUUAAGGGGGGAGGGGGACGCAGCUUUUCUCCCAAUAGGCUGGUCUGGCUUGGAGAUGAAAGAGUGACCCGGCAGGGACCAGUGGAGCCACCCAAGCCAGUGCUCUGUGACUGGCCUCCUUCCCCGUGCAUGUCUGUGCGAGUCAUGGAAGUUUAGCCCAGUAAAAAUGUGUUGCCUGGAGGGAGAGAGAGGAGCUUCUUGGCUACCUCAUUUCUGGUAGGGCAGGGACACCAGUGCUCAUCGGGGUGCGUGUGGGGAAGGGCAAGCGAGAGCAGCUCUGACGGCCCGAGGAAACUAGAGCCAGUGAGACGAGGCACAGAACGGCACUUCUGCAUAAUAUACACACUUUAAUUAUGAACUAGUAUGUAUACAGACUUUCUAUACACACAUUCCCUAUAGAAUAAAAAUGUACAUGUGUAUA